AUGGCCGAAGUUCGCAGCUUCACUGCUCGACCUCUUUCAAAGCAGGCACGAAGUGACCUCAAGGAUGCUUUUCGCAUCUAUCUUUCCUCGUCUUCCCUCGCCGCGCUAAGACUUCGCGCGGACGACCUGUGCACGUUGUCAUCCGCGGACGGAUCGCCAAAAACGGCAAUCGCUUGGACAGCGGUAGAGAACAUUCAAAGUACGGUGGUACAAACGUCGAGGACUCUUCAGGAAUGUUAUGGGAUCAAGGUCGGCGAGAAGUAUGCCAUCACCAAGGUGGAAGGUACAUUGGACGAUAUUGAGAACAUCGUCCUCAUGGACUGCUCCGAGCCCGACAAGAUUGAAAAAUUUGGGCCCAUCUCAGACCAAGAGAGACCACACUGGGAAUGGACCCUGGAAUUCCCACUUCUCCGAGGCGAGGUCCUCGCCCUUGGGCUGGUAUUUGACUUGGAGCUCAAGGGCCAGCGCAGAAACUUCAAGGUGAUCAAUAUUCAUGCACCUGGAGCGAACCCGAACCGCACAAUCUUCAGAUUCACGAAGAAGUCCAAAGUCUCAAUUGGAACAGAGGUCAGUGCGAGAGAUGACUCGCCUUCACAUAUCGCGGUGCCAUCCGUGGGCCUGGGUGGCCUCUCACGACAGAUCGAGGACAUCAAUGAGAGUCUGUCAGAUUUCAACCUCAACUCGCAUAGUCCUGUUAUGCCACCAUUUUACGAACACAAUCGGGGUAUUCUCCUCUAUGGACCCAAGGGAACGGGUAAAUCCGCACUCCUUCAGCAGAUCGAGAACGCAGGCUGGAAGCAAGUCUUCAAGAUCGGGACAUCGACCCUCGGCCGCAGCACUCACGAAAGUGAGGUGAAGCUUCGAAAUAUUUUCCAUGAGGCUGCACGCGCAAAGCCGAGUGUCAUUCUGAUCGAUCAAUUAGAGUUUAUUGCGCCCAAGAAAACCUCCUUCGAUUCAACGUCACUGGUGUCGGUACUGUGUGAGAACCUUGACGCCAUUCAGAGCGCAUCCGUGCUCGUGGUGGCUGCGACCCGGCAUCCCAACAACGUUGACGACGCUCUUCGAACUCCUCACCGACUGGGCACUGAGAUCGAGCUGCAGGUCCCGACGGCGCAGGAUCGAGCCGAAAUUUUACGCGCUAUUCGGGGACCGCCAUUUGCAGGACUCAACGACACGUUGAUUGAUUUUAUUGCUGAAAAGACUCACGGUUACGUCGGCGCUGAUCUCUAUGCGUUGCUACAAUCAAUCUGCCGAAAGGCUCGACAGCGGCAAUUGGGUACGCUUGGACUUGAAGGUUUAAAAAUUAAGGACGCGACACCAGAUAUGGACGUCCCCCUUAUUGAUGCGAACGAAAAGAGCGAUUCGAGCAAUGGAGAGAUUCGAAUCGAUCUGGACAUCAAGGAAGAAGACGUUUUGGCCUCGCUGCAGGAGAUUCGUCCAACAGCGAUGCGAGAGGUCUUCUUAGAGACACCCAAGGUGCGAUGGACAGAUAUUGGUGGCCAACACGAUAUCAAAAAGCGUCUUCAACAAGCGGUUGAGAGGCCUCUCAAGCACCCGGAGCGCAUGCGUCGACUGAAUGUCAAGAGCAAAAAGGGUAUCCUUCUUUACGGACCUCCCGGAUGUUCCAAAACUCUCACUGUGAAGGCUUUGGCUACGGAAGCUGGUCUUAACUUCUUGGCUGUCAAGGGUGCCGAGAUUUUGAGCAUGUACGUUGGUGAAUCCGAGCGAUCACUGCGCGAAAUUUUCCGCAAAGCCCGCGCAGCACGGCCCAGCAUCAUCUUCUUCGACGAGAUCGAUGCCAUUGCCGCUCGUCGAAGCAGUAGUUCGCAAGGCGGUGUGAACGUUCUCACUACUCUUCUAAAUGAGAUGGACGGUAUCGAAGAGCUACGCAACGUCCUGGUCGUCGCUGCGACCAAUAAACCCGACGUUCUUGACUCGGCGCUUAUGAGACCUGGUCGUCUGGACAACAUUCUCUAUAUUGGCCCGCCAGACUUUGAAGCUCGACGUGAGAUUCUCCGCAUCUGGGCAGCUAAGUCUGUCUUGAGUCCAGAGGUUGAUCUUGACGAGCUGGCCUCGGUCACCGAGGGCUAUUCGGGUGCGGAGAUGGUCAGCAUCUGCGAGACCGCCGGUGAUGCUGCGCUGGAUGAAGAAGAGGAGACAGGCCAGGAGCAAGAUAUCAAGUUGAAGCACUUCGAAUAUGCACUGACUCAAGUGCGGCGUCAAAUCACCGAUUCCGUCAUUCGUGAAUAUGAGGAUUGGCGAGACGCGCAAAAAUAA